UAUGUAUCCUAAAAGCUGAAACGAGUAUUUCUUUAAAAUGCAUUCAAUCUACGAAGACGAAAGGAUUUUCAAAUUCUACAAUCACGUUGGAAAGGUUGUGAAGGUGACUUUAAGUAAUAAAAAGUCGACAACAGGAACAGUGUGCUCAAUAGAUCCUGUAUCAGGAAGCAUUGUUCUGUUGGAGAUUGUUUCCAAGAAGCUACAGAUUCUGAUGGGACACUCAGUGGUCUCGAUUGAAGAUUGCUCUGACCUGGACGCUGAUGAUGUCUCAAGGGUUUUACCUGACCACAAUUCUCAGAGAGCUUCAAAUAAUGUUGGCAUCGACUCGGUGAAAAACUGGUUACUGAAGAACAGGAUGGUUUGUGAGGAGUCUGGAAAUGGGAUAUUGAUUGUUGGUGGAGCAGUGUCAAUUUGUGCACCUUACACAGAAGAUAUGUGCACUGGAGACAAUGAACUGGUGGUGGACAGAAUUCGUGAACUUCUAAGUAAAAUGCCAAUAAAUUAAGGUGAAAAUUUGCAUUUCUCUGCAAAUUUCGCAAUUAAUUAUUAAAGUUCUUCAACCCCACAAAAA